UUCACUCUCUCCCUCUCUCUCUCCUCGUGUGUGUGUGCACCUCUCUCUCUCUCUCUCUCUCCCGUGUGUGUGCACCUCUCUCUCUCUCCCUUGUGUGUGCACCUCUCUCUCCCUCUCUCUCUCUCCCGUGUGUGUGCACCUCUCUCUCUCUCUCUCUCUCUCUCUCUCUCUCAGUCAUGGCUCGGUUAGGGUUACUCACUGGACGUUUCUUGAAUCUCAGAUCCGACACGAUAAGGGUCCUGACAGCAGCUCGAACUUACUGCUCGUCUUCAGGGGCCUCGGCUCGGCAGCGUGUGAACGGCGUGGAUCUGUUCUACGAGCAGACGGGUCGAGGGGAUCACGCCGUGCUGCUGCUUCCUGGAGCUCUGGGAAGCGCGAGGACAGAUUUCGGACCCCAGCUCAAGUCUCUGAACAAGGAACGCUUCACUGUGAUUGGCUGGGACCCUCGUGGUCACGGACGAUCCCGCCCCCCGGACAGAGACUUCCCCGCCGACUUCUACGAGCGAGAUGCAGCCGAUGCAGUGGAUCUGAUGAAGUCACUGGGUUUCUGUAAGUUCUCUCUGCUGGGCUGGAGCGACGGAGGCAUCAGUUCUCUGAUCGCAGCAGCCAGGAGCCCGGACCUGGUCCACAAGCUGGUGGUGUGGGGAUCCAACGCCUGCGUCACCCAGCAGGACGUGGACCUUUACAACGCGGUCCGGGACGUCUCCAAGUGGAGCGCGAGGAUGAGGACGCCUAUGGAGGACAUGUACGGAGCAGAAGUCUUCGCUAGAACCUGGGCAGCCUGGGUGGACGGAAUCACGCAGUUCAUCAAGAGACCAGAAGGGAGCAUCUGCAUGGAGUGUCUGCCCCUCAUCACCUGUCCAACCCUCAUCGUCCACGGAGAGAAAGACCCCAUGGUUCCCAUCUUCCACCCUCAGUAUCUCUACAAACACAUCAAGGGAUCUCGAUUACAUCUGAUGCCAGAGGGGAAACACAAUCUGCACCUGAGGUUCCCUGAGGAAUUCAACAAACUGGUGGAAGACUUUUUGGAAGAAUGACUCAAACAGUGAGACAAUCACGUCUAUUAGGUCAAUGCAAAUAUUCAUAUUCAAAGAUUUACUUUAGUCAUUUAUUGGAUUUCUACCUGGCUCAUUUCCAAAAUACGUUUACUGUAAAAAAUCGGAAUUUUGUAAAGAAAGGUGGUACCUUGUUUGUCGUUUAUGUUACUCUUUAAUAUUGGUACUUUUGUCUGUUACACAUAAAAGUGAGAAGAUUGGUCAAUAAAUUGAUCUUUAGCUAAUCUGAUAAUUGACUAUUGAUCUGUGUUAUUUUUCAAGCAAAGAUGUCAAAUAUUAUUUUCUUCUUUUGCUCCAUUUUAUAGAAAAGAUCUGCUGCUUUACUUUGAUUCAUGAAACAUUAAAGUCUCUUGGAAUUUUCUUCUGUAUUUCUGAAUUUAGGGGUUUUAUUUAUUUCACCUGGUUUAAUUUUUUAUGUUAUUAAAAUGUCUAUCUGA